AUAAUAAUAUACAUGUAUGUUAUUCUAAGUUUUUUGUCUACUGAGUUUUAUUUCUGAAAAACAGGACUCAAAACGUGAAGGAAAAACGGCAGAUAGCAAUUGUAUAUUGUACGCAGAUUGAAUACUUACAGUCAACAGAAACGAUGUUUAACCCAAUAUGGGUUGUUGCCCCUGUGGGCUUAGUUGUAUUGGCGUACUACUCGUACAUGUAUUAUGCAAAAGGAGACGAUGAGGAGGAGCGACAGGAAGAGGAGCAACAGGAGGAGGAGCGACAGGAGGAGGUGCGACAGGAAGAGGAGCGACAGAAGGAGGUGCGGCAAGAAGAGGAGCAGCAGGAGGAGAAGCGACAGAAGGAACAGGUGUGGAAAGAAAUGACCAAGACCGAAAUGUUGAGCCAACAGAGGGAGUUGUUAGGGACCUGCCUGGAAGUAGCCCAGCAGGUCCGCGACCCUGGUCAAUAUUCCAAGUUCAUCGACCUACUGUCUGCGAUAUUGGCAUUCCCAGACAACGAGGUCACAGAUACGGCAAGGAUAAUAUUUAAGCCUAUUCUUCACCGCAUGAGACCGGACGAAUUGCGGGAGUUCGACAAAAUGGUGGACAAAAAGAAAACAAUUUUAAAACGAACUCCGACGCCGUUCGGCGGCAACGUGUACAACGAUGUACUCGAAGGUGCCAGGUAACUUUUGGUACGCCGUCGGACUGUUGGUAUGUAUCUCUAAUUACUUUUGUUCCUUUUUUCCCUGCUAUACCUUUGAUUUUUAUAACCUCUAUCGUAACUGUUGUCCCUAUUGUAAUUAUUAUCACUAGAUCUUUUAUAAUCUCUGUCUCUUGAGAAUGACCUGUUUCUUCUAUCAUAUCUCUCUCUUGAAAUUGACCUGUCUCUUCUGUUCCUAUCAGAAUCUAAAUCAAACUUGAUUGUGUCAAGUCAUCGUUUUAAAAUGGCGACCAAAUUUUGCCGAAAGUGACGUUUAUUCAAGAUUCGCCUCCCUGUGUGUUCUGCGUGCGCUACCUACUUUUCUCCGGUCAAACACCACUCGUGAUCCACCGUAGAUUAUCCAG